UGGCAACGGACCUGAUCCUGCAGUCGCUCCCUGAGCUGUAUAAGGGUUUUGUCAUGAACUACAUGAUGCAUGAUCUUGACAAACCCCUUCCGGAGCUUCUUAAAAUGCUCCAGACUGCAGAGGAGAACCUUACUAAGGGCAAGGGUGCUUCCGUCCUUAUGGUCCAAGGCGGAAAGGGGAAGCCGAAGAAGGGGAUUAAGAUUAAGGCUAGGACGGUCGGAAAGCCUAAAUCGAAGUCCACUUCAUCUGCAACCCAGAAACCCAUAGGAGGAGUUGCAAAGGGAAAAUGCCAUCACUGUGGUAAGGCAGGCCACUGGAGAAGAAACUGCAAGACAUACCUCGCAACCAAGAAGAAGGAAGGUACGACCAGUUCUUCUGAGAAUCAUUCUGGGGGGUAUGCGCUGAGCACUGCAAUAUAUACUCUUAACCGAGUUCCAACCAAGGCGGUUGAAGGAACACCAUACCAGCUAUGGACGGGCAAAUGCCCGGUUAUGUCACACUUAAAGAUUUGGGGCUGUGAGGCUUAUGUCAAACGUCUUAUGAUGAAUGGCAAGCUUGACGCUAAGUCUGAUAAGUGUUUCUUCGUGGGAUACCCAAAGGAAACUCAAGGGUAUUCAUUCUAUCACCCUAUCGAUAAGAAGGUAUUCGUUGCUCGCAAUGGUGUCUUCCUCGAGAAGGAAUUUCUUUCCAUCGCAACUAGCGGGAGAAAGAUAGAGCUCGAAGAAAUUCGAGACGACAAAGAAACUACCGCGCUGGUUCUGGAACAUGAGCUAGAGGAACAAACUGUUGUACCUCAACAUGCUCAAGAUACACAAGAACCCCGUAGGUCUAACCGGUUACGCACACAACCUGAAAGGACUAAGGAUGCCUUCCUGGUAUAUGGCGGAAAAGAUGAGCUCAGUAUUGUUGGAUAUACUGAUGCCAGCUUCCAAAAUGAUAGAGAUGACUUCAAGUCGCAGGCAGGGUAUGUGAUUUGUUUGAAUGGCGGAGCUGUUACCUGGAAGAGUUACAAGCAAGAUACUACCGCUGAUUCCACUAUAGAAGAAGAGUACAUGGCUGCAGCCGAGGCAGCCAAGGAAGGUGUGUGGCUCAAGAAUUUUAUUACUGAGCUUGGAGUGGUUCCUAGCAUCAAGAACCCUAUACCGUUGUUUUGCGACAACAAUGGGGCAAUUGCACAAGCGAAAGAACCUCAGUCUCACCAGAAGACAAAACACAUCGUUAGACGUUAUCACAUCAUACGAGAAAUCGUUGCACGUGGGGACGUUGAGAUUUGCAAGAUAGGUACAGACGACAAUAUCGGGGAUCUGUUGACGAAGGCUUUGGGAAAGCCUAAACACGAGAGUCAUACAUGGUCCAUGGGCAUUCAGGAAAUGCUUGAUUGCCCUUAGGGCAAGUGGGAGAUUGUUGUAUUUAGGUGCCCUAGAGGCAAUCAAAUACCUAUGUAACUGUACACUUUAUCAUGAAUGAAAGGCCUUGAAGUAU